AUGGGCGGGAUUUGGAUGGUGGAGAUGAUGUUGGGGGGAGGGUGUGGGAAAGAGGGGGUGGGGGGGGGGGGAGUGGAGAAUGGAGGAGGGGGAAGUAUCGAGAUGAGAGGAGGUUCAUUAGGUGGUGUUACAGCUGAUCCGAUAACUAAUUCGGGAGAUCAUUCAAGACCUUUUAUGGUUGCUGGUGAUACUUUUCCAGCCUUCACAGACGCCAUGUCACGUUCCUGCGCAAACCAAGUCAACAAAUGCGAAGACGCAGCCAAUAAUCCCGCAAAAGCAGCUCCGGAUUUAACUGUAGCUGCUUGUCAAUCUCAACAGUCUUCCUGUUUAGCGGCGACAAGUACGGCUACGCAGACCAAUUUUCAGGUUUUGACGAGUUCGAAUGCGGAGUUUGAUUUUGUUGUGAGGGAGAGGAAUGAGAAUGGUAUGGUGGUAUACGAUAUAUAUAGUUCACACGAAGCAAACGACUAA